UCCGAGACCUCCAAGAUGGCAUUGCCGACACUCCGGAUUGUAAAUCCAUCUGCUCCUCUGGACCGUCAGCAAGCCAUUUUACAGGCGUCAAAGGAGGCCCGUUUGUACAGGGAGAGAAAGCUUAGCUUUGCUCUCCCACCGGCACAGCUCCUGAACGAACAUGCUGCAUUUAAUCAUGCAGAAAGGCUCCUUCGAGCUGAAGGAACUUUGGCUCCAUCACGGCAGCAGUGUUUGGGAAAGCUGGUGCUACCUUUUGGCCAGUAUGCCAACGCCCCAUUCCACUGGCUGGCAGAAAAUGAUGUGGGCUACAUGAAGUUUGUGAUCGAUAAGCACAGGGAGGAACUGGCCAAGCAACCCAAAAAGAUCCACAAUGGCUGGAUAAAGGACUGCUUGGCAGAAUAUGCAGAGAGCUUCCCUCAGCUGUCAGUAACCCUGGAAGCUAACGUCCACCGUGGCAUCUACGGGCAGAAAGGGUUUGAAAACUACACAUUUCAGGAGAUGUGGGAGCUGUACAGCCAGCGUGCUGCCUUGAUGGACAGGCCUGAAGAUUUUAGCAGCAAUCAGAAAGACCUAAUUCUCAGGGCACAUAACUCUGUCACCCGCUGGCUGCACACUCCUGUUACACACAUCAGCAGUGUGCAGAUGAAGCGGUUUAGAAAAUACAUAUAUGACAAAAAGGACCAGAAUUUAAAAUCUACAGCUGAUGUUCCUUCAUGGUCAAGGUCAAAAGUGCCAUCAUCAAGAACCACAUCAACAUCAACAUCUGCUUCUACCUCUGCCAAGGCUGCCACAGCUUCCACCACCGAUAUGGCUUUAACCUCUGCUAUGGCUGCCACCACCUCCAUGGCUUUCACCUCUGCCAUGGCUGCCACCACCUCCAUGGCUUUCACCUCUGCUACUGCUUCCACCUCUUACACUGCUGCCACCUCUGCUACGGCUUCUACCUCUUACACGGCUGCCACCACUGUUACGGCUUCCACUUUUUACACGGCUGCCAGCACUGCUACUGUUUUCACCUUUGCCAUGGCUGCCAACACAGCUACGGCUUCAACAUCUGCUUUCACAUCAGCCACUGCUUCCAUGUCUGCCUCCACAUCCUCCACCACCAAACACAAGGAGCCAAUAUCCUCACCCAUGAGUGACUCUUCUGUUGAACUUGAGGGUUGGGUGCGCUUGUGGGAAAACCCUAAUGGCAUUUCACCAGCUGACCUCUCGUGGGUGAAGGAUGACACAGAAAGAGGGCUCUUCACCAACAUUCAGGUCUACCAGGACAGUACAGGUGUGCUGAAGAGAAGGCGGGUAAUGAAGUCGGACAGAAUGUGGUUUUACCCCCCUGAACCUCCAGGCUACGUCAGCGGGACUGUGCCAUCUCCAAACCUGUUCUUUCGGGGCCGCAUCUUUGUCUGGAGACCAGUUGGGGUGUGGAGAUAUUCACUGAAGUGUCCCCGUGGUAAAGACUGUGUGGGUAGUGGAAACAAGGUGCACCUCUACAAGUCAGGAUACCACACUAAGGUUUGUCUGUUUACAUUUUGUAUGAUUUUUACAGCAAUUAGUGCACUGCAUCAUAUUUAGUUGCAAU